AAUAUUCAAGAAUCGACGAAAAGCACAUUUAUUGAUUACCCCUUUUCUCUUCUCAAACAAGAGUAAGCAACACAGUGACAUCGAAAGAGGGAAAAUGGCGACUCCUCCAAAGCCAUGGAAGGCUGAAUAUGCAAAAUCCGGAAGAUCUUCGUGUAGAACAUGCAAGACCCCUAUCGACAAAGAAAUCUUGCGUCUUGGCAAGAUGGUUCAGUCCCAACAAUUCGACGGUUUCAUGCCUAUGUGGAAUCAUGCUCGGUGCAUACUGAAGAAGGCGAAACAGAUAAAAUCCUGUGACGAUGUGGAAGGCAUUGAAACACUUCGUUGGGAAGAUCAGCAGAAAAUAAGAGAAUAUGUUGAAAGUGGAGGAGCCGGGUCCUCGAGUACGCCUACAAGUACACCUGCUCGUUCUGCUGCUAGUAAAUGUGCAAUUGAAGUUUCGAAAACGGCUCGUGCUACUUGUAAGAUCUGCAGUGAAAAGAUUUUGACAGGACAGGUUCGUAUAUCUAGUAAGCCGGAGGGUCAAGGUGCUAGAGGUUUAGCAUGGCAUCAUGCUACAUGUUUCAUGGAUUCUUCUCCAACUACUCAACUUGAAACGUUGGACGGGUGGGAAAAUCUGCCGGAUUCAGAUAAGUCAACUAUCGGUUCAAUGGUUAAAAAGCUUUCAACAACCAAAAAAGAUGAAGUGAAGGAGGAAAAGGAGACUCUAAAUGGAAGCUCUAAGCGUAAAGGAGCAGUUGACCGUGACCACAAGUCAAAGAUGCCUAAGAUUGAAGACUCUCCUUCGAAUGCAAAAACAUCAGUGGACGGUGAAUUGGACCCGUCUAAAUUGCGUAGUCUAUUAGAGGCCCAAACAAAAGAAUUAUGGGCUCUGAAAGAUGAUCUCAAAAAACAUGUAUCAACAUCAGAGUUACGGGAAAUGUUGGAAGCUAAUAACCAAGAUUCAUCAGGAUCGGAACUCGACCUGCGUGACCGUUGUGCUGAUGGGAUGCUAUUUGGAGCACUUAAACCAUGUGAACUUUGUUCCGGGCCUCUUCACUAUUCUGGCGGUACGUAUAAAUGCAAAGGGUUUCUAAACGAAUGGAGCAAGUGCGCGUUUUCCACUACCGAACCUGAACGCGUAAAAGGAAAAUGGAACAUUCCGGAAGAAACUAAAAACCAAUAUCUGAACAAGUGGUUCAAGACACAAAAGACGAAAAAGCCUGUUAGGAUAAUGCCUCCACCUUCAUCUAGCACUCCUGGAAAGCAAGCUAGUACUGUAACGACUCAGUCAUCUCACAGUGAAAUAUUGGGAGAUCUGAAAGUGUCGGUUAUCGGUUUCUCAUCUAAAGCUAUGGAUGAAUGGAAGAACAAAAUUCUGAGCGAGGGAGCUCAGUUUCAUCCGAAAAUUAAGAAAGACACAAACUGCUUAGUUGUAAGUGGAGUCCCAGAUAAUCUGAAUGCUGAGAUGAAGAAGGCAAGGAGGAUGAAAAUACCUAUUGUGAGGGAGGAUUAUCUGGUCGACUGCUUUGAAAGAAAGAAAAAACUCCGUUUUGAUUUGUAUAAACUCGAAACCAACGAAGAGGCUAACAAAAGCAUGGUCACCGUAAAAGUCAAAGGGCGGAGCGCGGUGCAUGAAGCAUCUGGUUUGCAAGAUACGGGUCAUAUUUUAGAGCACGGAAAAAGCAUCUAUAAUACAACUCUUAGCUUAUCGGAUCUAUCCACUGGUAUUAACAGUUAUUAUAUCCUUCAGAUUAUCGAAGAUGAUAAAGGCUCAGGCUGCCAUGUAUUCCGAAAGUGGGGUCGUGUUGGCAAUGAAAAAAUCGGUGGGACCAAGUUGGAAGAGAUGUGUAAAGAAGACGCAAUUCACGAAUUCAAACGGUUAUUCCUUGAAAAAACCGGGAAUUCAUGGGAGUCUUGGGAAAAAAAGACGCUUCAAAAACAACCCGGACGAUUUUACCCCUUGGAAAUUGAUUACGGUGUGAGCAAAGAUUCGAUUCAGAGAAACAAACUUAAAGAUGCUAAAAGUCAACUUGCUCCCCCGUUAGCAGAGUUGAUGAAGAUGUUGUUUAACGUGGAAACAUACCGGGCUGCAAUGAUGGAAUUUGAAAUAAAUAUGGCGGAAAUGCCCCUUGGGAAGCUUAGCAAAAGCAAUAUUCAGAAAGGUUUUGAAGUAUUGACUGAGCUUCAGGAUCUAUUAAACAAGUCAACUGACAACCCUGCAGUCAAAGAAAGCAUGAUUGUUGCCGCCAGCAACCGGUUUUUUACAGUUAUUCCUUCGGUUCAUCCACAUGUAAUCAAAGAUGAAGAUGACUUUAAAUUGAAGGUUAAAAUGUUGGAAGCGCUUCAAGAUAUCGAAAUAGCUUCAAGGCUAGUAGGGUUUGAUGUCGACAACGAUGAUUCCCUUGAUGAUAAAUACAAAAAGCUUCAAUGUGACAUGGUCCCACUUCCUCACGACUCUGAAGAUUAUCGGUUAGUUGAGAAAUAUCUCCAGACAACACAUGCCCCUACACAUACGGAUUGGGCACUUGAACUUGAAGAAGUUUUUACAGUUGAACGACGAGGGGAGUUUGAUAAGUUUUCUCCAUAUAAAAAUAAACUCAAGAACAAGAUGCUCCUUUGGCACGGUUCUCGGUUGACAAACUUUGUUGGUAUCUUAAGCCAAGGAUUGCGAAUAGCCCCUCCUGAAGCUCCUGCAACGGGUUAUAUGUUUGGCAAAGGGAUUUAUUUUGCCGACUUGGUGAGUAAAAGUGCUCAAUAUUGUUUUACCGACAAGAAAAACCCGGUGGGUUUGAUGCUACUAAGUGAAGUCGCUUUAGGGGAGAUGUACGAGCUAAAGAAGGCCAAGUACAUCGACAAACCUCCAAAAGGGAAGCACUCGACUAAAGGGCUUGGCAAGAACAUACCUAAUGCGUCGGAACACCUUAACUGGAAAGAUGAUGUCAUCGUGCCAUGUGGCAAACCCGUACCGUCAAAUGUUAAGGCGACUGAAUUGAUGUAUAAUGAAUACAUCGUCUACAACACUGAUCAAGUUAAGCUGCAGUUCUUGCUGAAGGUGCGGUUUCAUCACAAGAGGUAAGACGGAAAAACGCAAGAACUGUACAAAUAUGGUAAUGUUUUGUUUUUCGAAGUUUAGCAGCUAAUUGCUUAAUGAUCUCGUUUUGUGGUUUGUUUGGAGAUCUCAAGCAAAACUUAUUAGUUAUUAGUAUUGUACUUGCAAAUACUUUUGAAACCGUAGUGACUUCUAAGCUGCCUAUUUUUGUUCAAAUUCCGUGAAAACGGGCCA